GCCAGCCAAUAGCUGCAAGCCGGCGGUUUCCCUGAGCCCACCGGUCAGCACAGGGGGUGGAAAGCCUUUCAGGUGGCGCUGGGGUCCGCCCGCCCGAGGGCACCCACCAGGCCGGGCCCCUCGGGCGCUGACGAAGCCGGAGCCACCGUCACCCCGCGGGCCGCCCGCCGCUCGCCUCCGAGCUCAGCGCCGGGGCAGCCAGCGGCCGCCUCUCACGGCUCGGCCGGUCACCGGUCACUCGCCCAAAGUAGAGCACAGCUCGAGCCUCUCGCCUGCAUUUGGCUCCUCAGCCUUAGGAAGAAAAUAGGGAAGAGCUGAAGUAACCUCUUGUGGGCUACGAUGGUAGUAGGGCUACAUUUGGUUCUUGACCAAUUCACGGAUUUGGAAUCGCUUUGGCUGACUUGACUUAAAACACUAAAAUUUUUCCUAAAAAAACCCAACAAGAAACAAAACCAACCAAACAAAAAACCCUCUUACAAGCUAAGGUGAAGUGUUGUUUGGUACCUGAGCCAAGAUGGAUUUAAAAGGCAUUGCACUGUGGACAGGACACCCUAUGAGAGUCUUGUAAUUAGUUUCAUGCUGGCCAGCUUCCAGUGAGAGGAUCUCGGCUACAUGUCGACUUUAUGGAAAUGGGGGGCUGCUCCCUAGCUUGCUCCUGUGGCCAUUAGCUGAGGGCAAGCCAGACUCAGGGGCAUCCAAACCCCAAGCCUCCAGGCUUGGGCCCAUGGUGCCUCCUGACUCUGGGGGUCCCUCCAUGGCCGAUUGUCUACCUCACAAGUGCUGGCAGCAAAAUCGGAAGUGCUGCUGGUGCUUCCCAGGAGGGACACUGGCUGUCGGGCCCUACUCCCCAGCUGGUGAGGGCCAAUCUCAGGGGGGCAUAUGUCCCCCCAUGCCCUCCCUACACUUUGCCUAUGGUUGAAGCUGCACAUAGGAUGCCUGCCAAUAGAUUUGGAAGUAUGUGAGGCCCUGGGCUGAAAAGUCUAGGGUGGAGGAUACUUGCUGGUUGUAGUGCCACAUGUGGUGUUCGAACGAUUGAGUUUUGUUCAGUCAAAAGGAUUCGGAACUGAUCUGGCUAAUUUGACCUGGAACAUGAAAAAUUUCCCAAAAUAUGAAAAAAAAGAAAAAUAAAAAAACCCACAGUGCUCCCCACAUACCCUUGUGCUAUCCCAUGGACCCCACCUUUGGCACAGUCAUAGCCCCCCCAGUUAUUCUAGCACCAACAUCUACUAGCAGGAGCUGCCCAAGGGAAGAGCAGGGAGGAGCUGGCUGUGAGGGGAGUUCUCAUCUCUAGUCUCUGCCUGGGGUGGCUGUAAGGAACAGGGGCAGCACUCUCCGAGGAGGAAUGGGAGCUAAGAGGAGAUCUAGCCAGGUUGCCUGGCAUGAAGACAUUUGUUUCUCCAAAGCUCAUCACAUUAAGAUUCCCAAAGCCUGGUUCUGUAGCUGAGCCUGUUGUGAGGGAGUUUGCACUCGUGUCAUCUGUCUGCCUGCAGCUGCCAUUUUAAUGAAUUCUGAGUGCUGGGUAACCCCAGGAGUUAUGUGAGAGUGGGAGAGAGAAAUAUCACUUUUAUUGAAAUGCUUAAAUGGAAGCCCUCCAGCUUUCAGAGCGUGAGACAAAGCUCUAGAGAGAGACAGGAUAUGAGCUAUUUUCAGCCACAAGUUGGUGAGAGACCCAUGGUGUAUAUGCAGGGGGGCAGAAAGGGUUAGAUUGACAUGACACGUGUGGGACAACUCUGGCCCCUUACCAAAAGUGGAAUCAAAUGCCUAAUCAUAGGCAGAACAGCAGCUGAAAGUCCAGCAGAGCAGGGAAGGCUGGGCUUACCAGUCUGAACUGUCUUCUCAUGCCUUUGAAUGUGAGGGGGAAAGUGAGGAGAGGGCUGGACUCAAGAGGAGGUAGAUGCCCUUUGUGAAGAUGGAAGUUAGAGGUGCCAUCCCUUAACCUUUGGGAUUUUUUUGGAAGAGGUGAAGAAUUUACCAGAGAAGGAAAGGAACCAGAAAGGAGCUGAAGUCAUGGGAGCUGAAGAAGAAGUGCUUGUCACUCUGUCUGGAGGGGCCCCCUGGGGCUUCCGCCUACAGGGUGGCUCCGAGCAGAAAAGACCCCUUCAGGUGUCAAAGAUCCGAAAGAGGAGCAAAGCGUGUCGGGGGGGCCUGUGGGAGAAUGAUGAACUGGUGUCCAUCAAUGGGAAGCCCUGCACUGGCCUCUCCCAUGCCAGCGCCAUGCAGAUCAUUGACUCCUCCAAUGGCACCUUGCAUAUCUGCGUGAAAAGGGCAACUGGUGGAGACCAGACUGCUACACGACUCCUGCGCUCCCCUUCCCCUGGAAAGCCACGGGUGCUCUCCCCUACCUCCCCAGUCAGCCCCACGCCCCAGCUGCUCAGCCCAGAGCCAGCAGGUGCCCCAACCACCACACCACCUGAGCAGCAGCGGAUGAGGCUACAGCAGCUGGAGAGCAUGACUUCGCCCCCAGACAGCGAGGCAUACUAUGGCGAGACAGAUAGUGAUGCUGACAACAUUGCUCAGGAGAAACAACGGCGGGCUCGAAAAAAGAGCCCUCGCUCCCCACCAGGGGGCUCCAACAACAAGGUGGAUGCACCACAGGAUGAGGUUUCCCUCUCUGAGCAGAGCGGUUAUGACAGCACCCCUGAGGCUGCGGUGCAGGCGGGUGAAGGAACUGAGAAUGUGAGUGGGGUGGCCAAGAGAGAGAUUGUGUACCAGCCUGGCAGCCGCACGGAGACCCCCUUCUCGGAGAGCGAGGUGCUGCUGCAGCUGCCUACACCAGAAGGAAGGGAAGCAUGCUCCGAGGCCAUGCUCCUGCCCCAUGCCACCAAGACCAUCCGAGCUGAGCGCCAUCUCAUCCCCAUGGUGGGGCCAGUGGAACACCCAGUAGAUGAAGAUCUAACCACCACCUAUGUUGAGAAAGCCAAACAAGCCAAGCUCCACCGCCAUGAGAGCAUGCAAGAGAAGACCGUGAAAGAAGCCAAAACUAAAUGCAGAACCAUUGCGUCCCUGCUGACGGAUGCACCCAACCCCCACUCCAAGGGAGUGUUGAUGUUCAAGAAGCGCAGGCAGAGGGCUAAGAAAUACACCCUGGUCAGCUUCGGGAGCGUGGACGAAGACCGGUGCUAUGAGGAGGAGGAUGGUGUCUUCCCAACCAGUGAGUCGGAGUUUGAUGAGGAAGGCUUCUCAGAUGCCCGAAGCCAAACCAAUCACUCAGACUGGGAUAACACCUACCUGGACAUUGAAAAACCCAAAUCAGAGUCUGAGCAGCAGGAGCAGGCACAGAAAGGCCUGAGUGAAGCCUCAGGCAAAGGGGCCCGGUUAUUUGAACAGCAGAGACAGAGGGCUGGUAAGUACACUGUAGAGCAUGUCCCAGUCCAGAAGCCAGAGAGCCACCAGCCCCUGCCAGCUGCCCAGUCACAGCAGAGGAUAGUGAAUGGAGAUGCACUGCCCCCACAGAUGGCUGAGAAGGUCCCAUUGAGCAUCCACAUGGAAGCAAUGCAGGUGUCCAGCAAGCAGCCACUCUCUACCCCGGCUCAGUUCCAGCCUCCUUCUCCAGCCACCAUUGGAGGAGAAGGUGCCCAGCCCUCUCCAAGCUCAGCAGGCAUCUUCAAUAGAUCUGCACGGCCCUUCACCCCUGGCUUUUUAGGGCAGUGCCCUAUGACUUCCUCUGUCAUCUUCAGGCCUUCUGCCCCCAGGAAAAGCAGUGACAGUCUGGGUGGACAGAGCUUAGCAGCUCCACCUUUCUCACCUGCAUCACCAGGAGCUGCCCUCCCUGCUCCAAUGUCCCACAGUGCUCCGGUGAGCUCCUUGACAUCUCUGUAUAUUCCAGCAACAAGUAGGCCCACCACGCUGCUGGGACCACAACAAGCAGGAGGAAAUGUUCCUGAGCCUAAGACACCUACAAAUGCAGCCAGGACCUCCAGUGCUUCCAUAUUUCUCUCAACUCCCUCCAAGCCAGCAGGGGAUACAACAGCUACAACACCCCAGCCACAAGCACAUGACACAGCUUCUUCCUCCUUAUAUAUCAGCCCUACAGCACUGCAGCCCAGCAUGCCAAGUAGCUCUUCCCUACCAAGGCAGCCAUACCCUGCUGCCUCACCAGCUAUUCCACGGCCUGCUUCAGAGCCCCUAACUUUCAGGGAGCAGAGGGUCGCCACACCAGCUCCCCGCACAGGCAUCCUGCAGGAGGCUCGCCGGCGGGGCAACAAGAAGCCCAUGUUCAGCAGUGUAGAGGAGAAGAAGAAGAAUUCGCCUAACCCUGAGCUUCUGUCUCUGGUGCAGAAUCUGGAUGAGAAACCCAAAGGUGAUGCCCCUGGGGCUGGCUUCGAGUCAGGGCCUGAGGAGGACUUUCUCAGUCUGGGUGCUGAGGCCUGCAACUUCAUGCAAUCCACAGGGCGCAAGUUUAAGACCCCUCCUCCAGUGGCUCCAAAACCUCACCAGCAAGGUGCCAGGCUGGUAAAUGGGGCCCACGACAUGCUGCAGCUGAAGGGCAAGGGUGCAGAGCUUUUUGCCAAGCGACAGAGCCGCAUGGACAAGUUUGUGGUGGAGACAGCAAAGCCAGAGUCCAAGCCCCGGACCCCCUCACCUACCCCUUCUCUACCCUCAUCCUGGAAGUAUUCACCCAACAUCCGUGCCCCGCCCCCAAUAGCUUACAACCCAAUGCAUUCACCCUUCUAUCCCCUGGCAGCCAGCAAGUCUCAGGCUAGCAAAGCAGAGAGCAAAGUGAAAAAAGCACCCAGCCAGAAAUCAGGGAUCAAAGCCAUUGAUUUCAUGCGUCACCAGCCCUACCAGUUAAAGUCAGCCAUGUUCUGUUUCGGGGAGCCCACAAGCCCUGGUACACAGAAUACCCCAAGCCAGCCAGCCCAGCAGUCCAGCUUGUCUUUCACCCCAGCCCAACAGGCACCAGUGCAAACAGGCAGAACCUAUGAGAUCCGGCGGUUCUCCACACCUGCUCCCAUACCAACUUCAGGCAGCCUGGCUCCCACAGUGCUCGCUCCCCGGUCUGCCACCACAUUGGAUGAGCCAGUGUGGAGGACAGAAACAACUUCCUCUGCACCCUCCACCCCAGCACCCUUCCAGGCCACCUUCAGCCAGUCCUCGAAGCCAUACCAAAGUUUCCCGGAUCUCAGCCAGGUGGGCCAAGGGGCUUUCCCCAAGCUAGCCUCAUCCUCUGGGUUCCAGGUAGCGAGGCCCAAAUUCUCAGCAGCCAGAACAGGGAUGCAGCCAAAUGUGUGGAGGCCACGCUCAGAGCACCACUGAGACAAGGGCUCCAUCCUGCCAGUGGACCCUGUCAGGUGCCUGGCAGAGAGAAUUAUCUUGUUUUUUCUUUAAAGUGACCUCAGUAAAUUGGGGCAUGUGAAGCAAAAUGAAGAAAAGAAAAAAAAAAAAACCCUUCCCUCCCCCCCCCAAAGUUUUCAGGCUGGCAGCUUCACUUUCAGAACCGCAGCUUCACAGUGAGAGGUAAUAGAUGUGGCUACAGAGAAGGUAGAGAGAGGGACAGAAGCAGGCUGGGGAUUCACACACAGCAAAGAAAAGAAUGGGAGGGGUUAGCUAUCACAGUAAUGCAUAGGCCGCGCUUCUCCAUGUCUGACAGCUUGAGAAGCAAGUUUAUGUUAAUCCUUUCAGCACCCUGUGAGGAAGGAAUCACCCCUUCAUACAGAGAGGGCAUCCUUAGCAUAAGAACCAAGCCCCAGACCACACAGGAAAAAAGUGAUAGAGACAGUCUGGACUCACCGCUCUAACCAUUAGAUCAUGCUUUUCCUUGUGCCUGCCAGUGUGUACAUGUAUGUAUACACAUGGGGGUAUUAAAAAAUGGGUACAGUGAGAAAUGAAGGUCUUCCUGAGAGAGGUGUUUCCCCAGAUCCCUCUGCUCAGGCACGUUAGGAAGGAUAACACAUAUACAAGGACAAGUGAGCAGUUGUGGGAAGGGGACAUGGCCAUUUGCUCACACACACAUGGCCCAUGGCUUUUGUCAGGUUUAUGUCCUGUCAGUACCAGGUCUGCAUUUGUAGAGUGACUAUAUGGGACAAUGUGAAAUCUGGGAUGCUGCUUGCUUACCUGCCUGCCUCCGCCCCUGCCCCUGUCUUGCCGGCUUCAGGGAGUCAAUGGUUGUUAGUGACCCAGUGUUGUUUACUUCAGUGUUUCUCAACCCGUGGUACGCGUACCCCUAGGGGUAUGCGAGACACAGGCAAGGGGUACACAGGUGCUGCAUUUUGGUCUUUGCCUGCUUGGACCAGAAGUUCCACCUGCUGCCCUUCCCGCCGUGUCCAGUGCACCAGGGCUUUCGCUUCCCAGCAUCAGUGUGCCAGGGGAUAGGGAAGUAGGCCCCACACAGGAAUGCUUUGCUUCAGGUCGCAGUGGAAAAAGUGGGACUCGGCUUGUGGCGCCGAAACUGGAAGUGCCACAGUGGGACUUCCAGUUUCGCUUUUGCUGCGUUGAUUGGCAGGGGGUAUGUAAGGUACCAAAGGUUGAGAACCACUGCUUUACUUCACAGGUGUUAACUAUCACCUGUGAAGUAACAGUUAGUGGUAAUAGGGAUUCCUACUUAACAGUUUACCUGCCAAUCUGCCUCCAUGCCCGUGCCCCAGAUGCUCGUUUUAAUUUUCACCAGCUGGCCAGGACCAGCUUCCAAAAUCUGGGACUAUCUUGGCCAAUCUGGGACACAUGCUUACCCCAUGCAUUUGGAAAACAACAUUUUUUUCAGCUUCCAUGGAGCCUUCCCCAAUGAUCCCAAGUGGCUCUGAGGACCAGCCAUUCACUGCGGGGGCAGCAUGGGGCUGAAAGGACUUAGUGGGACUGUGACAAGUCAGGAGUAACUGAAGAAGGAAGGAGGGGUUGCCUGAAGGUGAAGGUAAUCCCAGAUGCUGACUGGUCAGUUUAGGACAGCACUUGCAGCAUUAGCUGCACUGGAAAAGGAUGCAAAUACUGUAAGUGCAAGAGAGAGGUGGGUAGGGAGUGCAGGGCUAGUUCAUGAAGGAGUGAGGGCUCAACUGGAUUCCCACACAAGCAUUUUGGUUCAUUCACAAACAGGAGGUGCAGCAGGAGCACAGUCAUAGGUGGUUAGCAACACCAAGCUCCCCUGAGAACUGCGUGCCCUCCUGGGUAGGUGGGCAAGGUUCUUUGGGUAGAUGUGAUAUCUUUUAUUAGACCAACUGAGUAGU